AUGCCGCGUCCGCGCCGGCCGCCUGGUGCUGGCUCGGCGCUCACCACCCUCGCCCUCCUGCUCCUCGCCGGACUUGUGGCCGCUCAGCAGCAGCAACCACAACAACAACAACAACCACAACAGCAACAACCACUGCCACUGCCACUGCCUCCUCCACGCCUCGAAAACCACGUCCCCAGCGGAGCCCCUCGCUCUGCCCUCCAUGUAGAACACGCUCCCAUCAUCAACCCCAAGCCCAACCACAAAUAUGCAAAGCCCGCCCACAAGAACGCGGAUUGGGAAGUUGAGGACUUUGUUCUCUUGGCGACCGUCGACGGCCACAUACACGCACGCGAUCGAUACAAUGGCGAGGAGAUUUGGGAGUUGAGUGGGAGACCCAUGUUGGAAACCAUCUACAACUCAUCGGGCGGCAGUGUCGACCCCCAGGACCAACCCUUUGUAUGGAUCGUGGAGCCGCGAGAAGAUGGAGCCCUAUACCUCCUCUCCCCAGGGCCCUAUCCCCAUCUCCAACACUUGGGCGUCACGGUCAAGCAAUUGGCCGAAAACGCACCUUAUUCGAGCGAUGAUCCGGACCUUCCGGUCGUGUACAACGUUGAGAAGAAGACAUUCAUGUUGCUUGUAGAUGCAGCCUCUGGUAUAGUCAAGCAGAGCUUCAGUCCUGGCGGAACCUUUCCCCACGACGACAGCUGUGCCCCAGAGUCGAGAAACUACUUUAGCGCGCGAGAACGUGACUGCCGCGGGGUCAUCGACAUUGGUCAGACGCAGUACACCAUCACCAUCCACAACAAAAAGACCAACGAGCACAUUUGCACGCUCAAGUACGCAGAGUGGAAUCCCAACAGCCGUGACAGAGAUUUGCAAUCGCAGUACGACCAGACGUUGGACAAGCAGUACAUCUAUACCACAUACAAUGGCGAAGUCAUUGCCUUUGACUACAAGCGUCCAAGAUCGCACCAGCGGCCUCUUUACAGGCAGCGUCUGCCCUUCCCAGUUGCACGCGUUUUUGAUGUUGCCCGUCCUUCAAACGACCAAUCCUCUGACCCACCUUUGGUCCUUCUCCCCCAACCUGCGGGGCCUGUUUUUUCAGAGGACAAGGCCAACCAUGUCCUCCUCAACACAACCGACUCGGGAGCGUGGUAUGCACUGUCAGAAGUCAACUACCCUGCCGUGACAGAUGGCGCUCCAGAUGCAAGCUGCUACAAGCAGAAUCAGGCUGCAUACGAUUGGGAUGCGGCCUACGCCUUGCCAGACAAGAAGAGCCUGAUUGGUGUCCACAGGCUCGACUACAAGGUUCCUGACUUACCAACUCAGUUGCUGGGCAUUCCUGCACCAACCUUCUACGACUCUGUGAAUGAUCAGGUCAUCUCCAACCCACCAGAAACUUCCCCAAGAGAGCAUCACCAGCCACCAAGCAUUGAUGCACCGCCACAGGCUGAAGUCGUCGCGCGCUCAGUCAAUGUCUACAUAUAUAUUGUGCUUGCCAUUUGCCUAUUUGGCGGUGUCGGGGCUUCCAUCAAGCCUACAAUGGUUGAGUCCUGCCUGAGCUACCUCAAGCAGAUAGUUCAUGCAGGCAACAAUGCCAAACAGCCUCUUCCGCCAUUCCACGCUCCCUCAGAGCCUGAGGUCAAGAUGAGCGAAGAGAAGCUUUUGGUUGUUCCACAUGCAGAUGAUCCUGUUCCAGAGAAGCCAGUUGUUGAGGCCACCGAGAAAGACCAAAACGAGCUACCUGCAUCGGAGGAGCCCAAGGAGAAGAAGGUCACCUUUGCGGUACCAAGUGAUGAAGAGGAAGAUCUUGCACCCCUCUCCAGGACUACGACUGUUGAACAAGCCUCUCCAAUCUCAGACGAAGCUGCUCCGCCAGAGAAGAAGAAGACACACCGGGGUAGAAGGGGCGGCCGUAAGCUGAGUAAGAAUCAGCAAAAGGAGGAAGAUGAGGUCAACCGGAUUGUAAACGCAGCCAAGCAGCUCGAGGUCGGCCCUCGCCUGCACCCAGACGAACUGACCGUGAGCGGGGGUGACGUGCAAAACAUUUCUGAGAUCAAACGCAUCGGCAAGCUUACCAUUGACCAAGAUCGACUAUUGGGCAAUGGAAGUGGUGGCACAUUCGUCUUUGAAGGAAAAUGGAAGGAAGUCAAGGUCGCCGUCAAGCGCAUGUUGCCUCAAUACUUUGGGCUUGCAGAACAAGAGGUCAAGCUUCUACAGAACAGUGACCCCCACCCGAACGUCAUCCGCUACUUUGAUGAUGAACGUGACGAAAACUUUCUCUACAUCGCCGUCGAACUCUGUCAGGCUAGUCUCUUCGAUCUGUACAAGGAUGGGCGGCCUGGAGAGGAGCUCAGCGAGGAACAUCAGCGUCUGGUCAACAAGAUUAGCAAGAAGGCCUCGUCCUGCUUGUACCAGCUCGCUGCCGGGUUGAACCAUCUGCACCAUCUCCGCAUCAUUCAUCGCGACAUCAAGCCUCAAAACAUUCUCGUUGCACAGCCCCUGAUCACCUCCAAGGAUGACGUGAGACUGGUGAUUUCUGACUUUGGGCUCUGUAAGACUCUGCCCGACAACGUUAGUACCCUUGUCGGUACAACUGGCAACGCAGGUACCGUCGGCUGGAAAGCACCGGAGCUCAUCACGCAGCCCAAGGAGUUGGUCAAUGGAAGUUCUCAGGGCUUUUCUCGCGACUCCUCCAGCUCGACGGAUCCAGUCGCACAGGGUGUGAAGCGGGCUGUGGAUAUCUUCUCUCUGGGCUGUGUCUUUUACUAUGUACUGACCGGUGGCUGUCAUCCAUUUGACGACGAAGAAGGCUGGAUGCAGAUUCGCGAGUACAACAUCAAGAAGGAAAAGUCGAACCUCGACCGUCUGCUUCUUGGUGCCGACUCUGUGGAACCACACCACCUGAUCCAAUGGAUGCUUCGGCCACGUCCUGAAUCUCGUCCAACUGCCCUCCAGGUCAUGAAUCAUCCCUUCUUCUGGGACGACCAGAAGCGGCUUGAUUUCCUGUGUGACUGUUCUGAUCACUGGGAGCGAGAGCCUCGUGACCCACCGUCGGAGCACCUCUCGCAGCUUGAAGAAUACGCUCAAGAUGUCCUUGACCAUCGUCGCAACUUCCUAGCCAAGCUGGAUCCAGGCUUUGUCAACUCGCUGGGCAAGCAACGCAAGUACACGGGCGAUCGUAUGCUCGACUUGUUGCGAGCAUUGCGUAACAAGAAGAAUCACUACGAAGAUAUGGAAGAUUCCAUCAAGGCCAAGGUUGGGCCGCUGCCGAGUGGAUAUCUGAAGUACUGGACCGUCAAGUUCCCCCAGUUGCUCAUGAGUUGCUAUGAAGCGGUGUUGGCGUGUGAUUUGGAGAAUGAGCCUCGAUUUAGGAAGUAUUUUGAGGGUGCCAAGUAGGAGUUUGGGGGUUGGCUUGGUGCAUAGGUCCAUUGUUCUAUUAAAUGUAUUAGGAUGUUGAGAUUGAAACUUGAUUUAUUCGCUCCCCAAAAAAAAAGCUGCUUGUCUAUUAUGCAAGUGAUGAUUCCGUGAGAUUGUAGCCCAUAUUACUUCCUCCUCAUCGCACUUCCGUCCAUAUCAGCCAGACUCGCCUUGACCAUUUCCGGAUUCUGCUGCAAAACCUCCUGCACCCUCGUCUCAAAAGCUUUCACCAUGUAGUCUGCGACCUUGGGCGCCACACCGCCGCUCAAAGCCGCAUACAUGGGAUUCGCAAACGAAAACUCCACCACCAAACUCACUCUUGUCUGCGCCUCCCGCACCGCCUCAACCUCCCACUUACUCCUCAGAUACGUCAACAAUCCGUUUUCCCCCUGGCGCCCCCUCGUCCUCUCCUGCCCACUCCCUCGCACCUC